UUCCACUCAAAAAUAGCGCUGGCCGCACGGUGCGCUCGGGAUGGCGACAGAUGGAGAUAUCAAAGACAUGUUUGGAUCCGACUCGGAGUCGGAAGAAGAGACGUUCAAAGGCUCGUCGUCCAACCCAAGUGCCGUGAAUGAAUCUGCGUCCGGGCUGUUUGGGUCGGAUUCGGAAUCGGACGCGGACGAACAGCCAAAGAAACUCAAGAAGGCAACACCUGCCCCCAAGAAGAAGUCGGCAUCCAAACCCCCGAAACCAGCUCAGCGCAAACCACAACGAAGUGCAGCAGAUGACGACGACGAAGACAGUCUGAAACCCCCACCGCGGGGCAAAGGGGACGAGUACGAUUCCGGCGAAGAAGUCGUUCGUACCAAAGAUGACGAAGCGUUCAUCGACGACGAGGAUGAUCUGGGAGGCGUCUUGGACGAGUACAAUCAGGAAAAACAGCGCUUCCACGACGAGCGACCGGAUGAGGACGACGACGAUGACGACGAGGGCGAACGGUACAGCCGCGGUGGUGGCGGCCGCGAGGACGAUUACUUUGAGGAGACGCUCAAGUCGAUGAAGUCGGGGCGUGGGCGAAGCAAAAUGAAGCUGUCGCCGCAAGAAAUCGAGUCCCUCGUGCAGGAAGUGUUGUAUAAAAUGGACAAGGCGUACACGGACGACCAGAUCUCGAUCGAGGCCAAGGUCCCGGCAUUUGAAAAGCUCAAGCUCGUGGAUAAGCUCGCGAUCUUGCUGCGCAAAGUGCAACUGCAGCUGCCCAUGCUCGACUUCAACUUGCUCGAGAUCAUCAAAAAGUGGAUUCACCCCAAGGAGAACGGCGAACUGCCCAACUUGGGCCUUCGGACCAAGAUUUUGGACAUUGUGCAGCGCCUGCCGAUCGACAAGGAGCAUUUGAAGCGCAGUGGAUUUGGCAAAGUCAUCAUGAUCCUGUGGAAGCACCCGGACGAGAGUCCCGAAAACAAGGAAGUGUGCCGGCAACUUAUCGAUCGGUGGAGUCGGAAUGUCUUUUCGAAAACGUUGGACUUUUCCAAACUCGGAGAGCUCGAAGCCGAGAAGCGCGAAGCGAAUGGCGGCGCGCUUUCGCGGCCGGACCGACGACUGCCGUCGCGAGGCAUGGAAGCCGUACGGAACAAGGGGUUUCUGAACAAGGCGGCCCCUACAGAAACGAGUGGCGGGUCGGAGCGCGUGCGCAUGCCCGAGCAAAUUCGAAUUGACUUUACAAUGCGACCGCAGCCAAAAGUGGACGCGACCCAGAUCCCGUCGACGAAACUCGACCCCGAGUCCAAGAAGGCGCGACUGAUGAAGCGCAUGCAAGUGAUUGCCCGACCUACAAAACGGGCGAAACGCGCGGUCAAGAUGAGUAUCGAAGGGCGAGGGCUUCAGUCGUAAUUCACGUGGCAUGAUAUACCCUCGUGCGACCGAGAAGCAGAGGACAUCGAUUCCGUCGACUCUGUUCCGAGAAUGGUUUGUGUCGUCGUCGGCAUCUUGCGCCUGC